AUGAAUAGACAAUCAAACGGAUUUGGGAGAUUCUGGAAGAUUCUGGGAGAUUCUGGAAGAUUCUGGAAGAUUCUGGAAGAUUCUCGAAGAUUCUCGAAGAUUCUAGAAGAUUCUGGAAGAUUCUGGAAGAUUCUGGAAGAUUCUGGAAGAUUCUGGAAGAUUCUGGAAGAUUCUGGAAGAUUCUGGAAGAUUUUGGAAGAUUCUGGAAGAUUCUGGAAGAUUCUGGAAGAUUCUGGAAGAUUCUGGAAGAUUCUGGAAGAUUCUGGAAGAUUCUGGAAGAUACUGGAAGAUUCUGGAAGAUUCUGGAAGAUUCUGGAAGAUUCUGGAAGAUUCUGGAAGAUUCUGGAAGAUUCUGGAAGAUUCUGGAAGAUUCUGAAAGAUUCUGAAAGAUUCUGGAAGAUUCUGGAAGAUUCUGAAAGAUUCUCGAAGAUUCUGGAAGAUUCUGGAAGAUUCUGGAAGAUUCUGGAAGAUUCUGGAAGAUUCUGGAAGAUUCUGGAAGAUUCUGGAAGAUUCUGGAAGAUUCUGAAAGAUUCUGAAAGAUUCUGA